CUUGUCAGACAGACUUGUUUAAAGUGUUCUGCAGUUUCACACACGUUGUACUCGUAACAAUGGCAUUCCUUCAGGAGAUCACAGGAUGGCUCUCAUAUAUUAUGUUUUACGUGCUAUGUGUCGCUUUAAUCGGAUUUGUUGCGUAUUGUCUGUAUGUUAGACAUGUUCAUCAGAAAUAUGAUCAUAUACCUGGACCUCCAAGAGACAAUUUUUUACUGGGACAUAUACCGACUUUUAUGAGAGGGACGACAUCGGAAAACGUCAUACACGAAUUAUUACUGAAAUGGGCAAAAAAAUAUGGUCCUGUCUACAGAAUUAACAGCUUGCAUUUAGCUGUGGUCGUGAUCUAUUGCCCGGAGACUACAAAGACAGUAUUGAUGUCACCGAAGUACCCCAAAGAUCCCACUGUCUACAAGCAACUCUUUAACUUGUUUGGAAAAAGGUUCCUGGGAAACGGACUUGUGACGGCUAUAGAUCAUGACGUCUGGUACAGGCAGCGGCGCAUUAUGGAUCCAGCCUUUAGCAGCUCAUACCUGCGAGGCCUUAUGGGGACGUUUAAUGAGAUGUCAGAACGCCUCAUGGACAAACUGGAGGAAACGGCAGACACGAAUACACCUGUCGUGAUGCACGAUAUGGUCAACUGUGUCACACUCGACGUCAUUGCCAAGGUGGCUUUUGGUGUUGAUUUAAACUUGUUAAAGAAUACUGACUCCCCCUUCCAGACUGCUAUAGAGCUGUGUUUAAAAGGCAUGGUAUAUUAUCUCAGAGACCCUUUUUUCAAGCUUAACCCCAAGAACUGGAAGACGGUACAACAAAUUAAAGAUGCAGCUGAACUCUUGCGUUCAACAGGAGAGAAAUGGAUACAAAACAGGAAGACAGCAGUGGAAAAUGGUGAAGACGUCCCCAAAGAUAUUCUCACUCAAAUUCUCAAGACAGCAGAGGAAGAACAAGCAAUCAAUUCAGAAGAUCACGAGCUGAUGCUGGACAAUUUCGUCACUUUCUUCAUUGCGGGGCAAGAGACAACAGCCAAUCAGCUCUCGUUUGCAAUCAUGGAAUUAGGGCGAUACCCUGAGAUAUAUAAACGAGCUAAAGCAGAAGUGGAUGAAGUGCUCGGGACUAAACAUGAAAUUUUAUAUGAAGACCUUGGAAAACUCAGUUAUCUGUCUCAGGUGUUGAAGGAAACUCUGCGUCUCUACCCCCCUGCUCCAGCAACAUCUCGCUGGCUAUCUGAUGACAUGUUUAUAAAUGGACUGAAAGUCCCAGGAGGAUGUGUUGCCGUUUUCAGUUCUUAUAUCUCCGGAAGACUGGAAAACUUUUUCAAAGAUGCGUUGAAGUUUGAUCCAGAGAGAUUUGAUGUGAAUGCCCCAAAGCCUUAUUACUGCUACUACCCAUUUGCACUUGGACCGCGUUCUUGUCUGGGGCAGGGCUUCUCACAGAUGGAGGCGAAAGUUGUGCUCGCCAAACUGCUUCAGAGGUUUGAGUUCAGUCUGGUUCCUGGACAGUCUUUCGACAUUAAAGACACAGGAACUCUGCGGCCCCAAAGUGGAGUUAUCUGUACCAUUAAACAUAGCACAUAGAUUAUAUUCUAGGCCUAUGGUGAUCAAUUAAUUUCCCCAGGGGGCCACAGGAUAAAACCGGGCUUUUUUGGAGGACCUAAAUCUGCUGAAUAUUAGUUUUAUUGCACUUAAAUUACAGCGUAGCUUUAAAUAUAACUACCACAUCUUUCUCUUAUAGACAUUAUCCAUGGAAAACCAUAUAGUAACAACAAAUGUACCAUUAUUUCACUAUCGCAACCAUAGUUUAAACAUUAUAUUUACUGAGGUCAUACACAUAGAAAUGAAUCAAACAGGAUUACUACAUUCUUACUAUUUUAAAACCAUGGCUAAUUUUCAUCAGGGAUGUACGUGACAAAUGAAGUCUGAUCUAUUCCAAACUGACAAUAACUACUGUACUACAGAUGCAGUUCCUUUUAUACACUUUUUUACACUUAUAUUUAAAAAUGUGAAACCAGAUGUAUAAUUUAUAAAAAAGAUGUCAUAGUAAGAAACAACUCUGAUUUCAUAUCCAUUACUUGUGCAAUCUGUUUCAUUUUUAUAUUGUAUCAAAUAAAAUCCUAAAUGUUCGUACGUUUUGCCCACCUCUGUCCUAUGCCCAGGACUUCCUGUGUAUUUAGCAAUCUAACUAUCUGUAAGAACGAUUAACCUGCAUGAAGUUUUAACAACUCUACAUGCCAUUUUGAAUGUUAAUAUACAGAAAUGAGACAAUACAAUAGUUUUUCUUUAUGAUUAUAUUGCAUGCACAUUAAAAUUUAUUCAUUUACAUUUAUCGAUUUAGCAGACAGAUUUUAAUGAGAGAGCUUUUAAUAU